GAUCUUUCAUGUUCCUCCCCCGAGCCGGGACGUCGCAGUCAAGACGAAAGCCGGAGGAAGCAGCGGAGUCCACGCGGGUAGACGGCAGAGUUUGGCCGAUGAGCUCCUCGGGACGGCGUUCGGGUCGCCCAACUGAGUGAGCUCCCCUCCGCCUCCCGACCCUUCCGACUUCUAACUUUGAAAAAUGGCGUGGCGCCCGCCGCGCUCUGAUGGAUGGCUUUGACUGAUUAAAUGAGAUGUCUCCACAGCGGCUGGCUUUAAGACAAUACAAGUUCCUCCAGCGACGCUGUUUCAUGGAGACCGCAGACAAGUGACGCCCCAUCAUGUCCGCACUGAGAACGCAAAGACGGGGAAUAAUUUAUGAGCCGUCGGCGCAAGAGCACGCCGGGCGAAGACGUGUGAGCGAUGAAGAGGUUCAAGCGGUCACGGGCGACAUGGCAGGUGAAAAUGGAGAAUGAGUCAAGCAUUGAUACUUCUGGAACCAUAUUUGCGCCGCCAGAACCGACGUUUCAUCCGGUCCUUGAUUGCAGACAGACACAGUCUUGAGCCAUCGAUAGAGCUUGCAAAAAACACUCCCAGAGAGACCGAAAGCAGGAUGAGCGAGCACUCUGGUGCGAGCACCCUGGCGGCCAUGACGCUGGAGGAGCCGGGGAACGAGCAGGCGUCCCCCCGAGCCCCGGGCCCCCUUCGCUGUGGCCCCUGCGCUGUGUGGCCUCGCCAGCAGACCUGGCUGUGCGCCGUGCCCUUGGUAAUGGGCUUUGUAGGCUUGGGCCUCAGUCUCAUGCUGCUCAAAUGGAUUGUGGUGGGAUCCGUCCAAGACUAUGUCCCCACUGACCUGGUGGAUCCCAAAGGUAGCAUGGGACAGGAUCCAAUAUUUCUCUCCAAACCCAGUGCCAUUCCCAAGGGGCCGGACAUUUCCACCGCCACCACGUCCACCGCCUCAACCACGGCAACGGUUUCCACGACAACGCCGCUAGCCGCCGACGGGACCGCCCCCGCGCCGAGAACUCGAUCUGGCCCGCCGGCAAACCACUCGGCCAACGGCAGCGCCGCCGGUGGCGGAGGCAACCGGACCCCGCACCUUCACAACCGCGUCGGAACCCGGGUCGGCGGGACUGCAGUAACUCCGUCCACCACCCGAGCCCCCCGACUAACGCCGCCGCUCGGUGGGAAGGAAGUUACCCCUCACAGCACGGUCAGGAAAGGAAGCGGCGGCGUCGUCGGAGGGCGCAACGGAGCCGGCCACUCUAAGCCGGGUCAGACCCUCUCCACCACUGAGCCCUCUACCACCACUAGCACUACCACCACCACCACCACCACUGUGAGGAUCACCACUAAGGUCCCGACGACCACCUCUCAGCUGCCCCCUCUCCCAGUCAAGCCCACGUCUCGCUGGACCCACGGCCGUCAAGGAAAGGCCCCGGCGACACGACCGCACCACCGCUUUCGGACGCCCCAAGAACCCGUUUUGUGUCGGAUGCUGCGGGAUAGGUUCUGCAAUCGAUGGCGGCCCGUUAAACGUCCACGCUGAUAACUAGUGCAGCAUCGGAGGGGUGAAAGGUGAGCUUUCACCUCCUGACCGCGGGAAUCUGACGUAGUGAGGUCAUCUUAUAUCCUGUUUUGAUGAGAGGCUGCAAACGUUGCAGGUGAGACGACGACCGUUGCAGCUUUUGCUGCUGAGAGGGGGGAGGAAACUGGGAUGCAUGGAUGACAUUAAGGUUGCCAAGGAUGAGUGGGAAGAGAGAACUGAAGAAAAGAAGGACAAAAGAGGUGCAAGAGAGAUAGUAAAGGUGGGGAGAGAACAGGAAAAGGAGCAAAGUGAUGGCAGAUGGAGGGAACUAAGAGACAGAAAGGAUUGAAGGGAAAAAGAAGGUUUUAGAGUGAGGAAGCUGCAGAGUUUGCAUAAUUAGUUUUUUUGUUUAUCUACAGCGUCCUUUUACCCAGUCCUAAAGAAUCACAAUCAGUUUUACCGGCCGAACGUUCAUGGCGUUGGCUUCCCAGGCGAGUGCUGAUCAAAUGACUCCAUUUUCCUUCCACAUACAGUCGUGUCCUGCCUAGUUUCCUUCAUAGUCUAAUUUAAUGAUUGAGUUUUUUGUGGACUGGGCAGUGCUGUGCAGAGAGAACAGAUAGCGCCCUUCAAAGUGUCCUGCAUGAUAUUCUAGCUUAUAUGUAACACGAUUUUGGCCCACGUUGAUUACUGUUUUAGCCUCUGAUUUCCAUGCAGUGCACUCCAUAUUUCCUUGGGCACUCCAUCACUCAAGUGUCCAGAAAAUUGACGGCAUUCUUAGCAAUCGGUCAACAUCGCCACGUGAAAACAGUGAAUUGAAUUUGAUUGACAAAAGCAAAAUGGUGGGCCACCAAUCACUUAGGGAGGCUAAUUUGUUUCCGAAUUGAACUGUAAGGCAGACGUGCUAAUCAGUCAUCCGGCCUGCUGCCCACUUGAUUUUUAUUCAUCGACAUAACUCAAGUGUUCCAAAAUAGUCACACAGAGUUCCGCCUUUCUCUUAAAACAACAAACCCCUUAAACGCAGUCUUGACUGUAAAUAUGUCUCAAACGGUGCUUGCAAUACUCGAGGAGCAUCAGCGCGCUCUAUACAUUUGCCAUUGAAGGCUAAGACAAACAUUGUAAAGGUGGCUUUUGUGCACUUUUCUUUCAAAGCUGCGAGCCCAUCAAGCAUUCCACUUUACAAACACGACUGACAUCAAUCUGCUGUCCUUAUGACCCGCCAGUGUAAAAACAAACGAACCGAUUUUCAUUGACAACAAAUACCGCCGACAGUGUCUUUCUUGAAACAAUUUCUUGUUUGCGGGGCAUGUUCGCGGUGUCAGAGCAGUGUUGAUGAUACAUUACAGUAAUGCUAUUUUGCCCAUUGGAGACACCGCGGUUCAAUAUGUGCCACAAAGUGGGCGUGUUCGGAGUUAAUCUCUUUAGCUGAGGGGUUACGCUCUGUAACGCUGUCGAUGCGGGAAUGAUGACUGGUGGAUAAUCGUUGCACGGACAAAUGGAGCUCGGCUGGAGGAAUCGGGUUUAAUAACUUUGUUUCAAAGUCUUUCCCUGACUUCAACUUGACUUCACUUGUUUCGAAGCAUGCCAGUUUGUGAAAAUCCCGCAAAAGAUCUCAAAUGUUUUGACAGAGAUGACCAAAGAUAUAAAAAUGGUUGAGUUUUGCCUUGAUGGGCUAUGAAAAAAAAAAAAAAAAAAAAUCAUUCAUUCACUCAUUUGACAACGCCACAGAGAAAUGUUAACAAUCCAGCCAAAUUUGAAUGAUUACAAAAAAAUCUAUUGGUUGACACCAAACUCAAACUGGAUCCUACUUUGUCAAGCAUCUUUCUUGUACUUCCACAUCCUUAUGUGAUUGAGCCGCAAAAACAUAUCCGUCUAAAGCCUCUACCGGGUGUAAUAUAUCCAACCGGCUCGUCACAGGGCUUUCCAUGCCACGCUGAGAACUGUGAGCCACCAGCUAGCUUGCAAGCUAGCAGGAUUCCAGCGUUCCUCUCUUUUCUUCUUUUCUGUGGUGUUACCACCUCUUUUCCCAAAUAUAAAUAACAUUGCCAAGCUGUUCUCCAAGUUGUGGCGUCCAAGAAACGCGCAUUUUCGGGGCCUCGGCUUAGCUAGCUAGCUAACUGCCCAUUGUUAGCAAGUUACUCGCAAGUGUGGCGGAUAACCACAGCUGCAGAUGAAGGCGCUUGGCUCUGCCCUCCCAAAAAAAUCUGGUUAACUGUAAAUUGAACUCUUGAUAUCUACAAUUUGGAAAUAUAUAGUUCUUUUUGUUACAUUUUCAGCAGUUAUCUUCAAGCAUCUAUAAUUUAUUUAGAAACGUGAAUUCUUAGCCAUUUUAAUCACUUCUGAUAUGCACCAUUUUGAAAUUAUAUUCAUUGCUUAGAGUAUUUCAGACAGAAUUGUUAAAUGACUAGUUUUAGUACUACAUUUCCCUUUCCAUAACCUUUGAAAGAAAGUACUUUCUACAUUUUCUUUUGUUUCUUAUAAAAAACCUUGGUCCGUCCUUUCCAGAAGCUAACGUCCUAAUUUCUUUGAUAAAUCAGCCUCUUUUUUUUUUUUUUAAGGG